AUGUCCUCGCCGGCGCCAUUUCUCGCCUCGUCCCCGCUUUCGAUCACGUCUCCGCGCCGAAUACCCAAGUCGAAGUUCACUUACAAGCAACUUCACCAGCUGAAGUCGUACAGCACUCAAACACCUCUCCGCGUAAUCGCCCACGUCGAUCUCGAUGCUUUCUACGCGCAGUGUGAAACCGUGCGCUUGGGUAUCGACCCUGCAAAACCUCUCGCUGUCCAGCAAUGGCAGGGUCUCAUAGCAAUCAACUACCCGGCACGCGCGUUCGGCCUGAAUCGACACGUGACGUCAACCGAAGCGCUGAAACAAUGUCCGGAGCUCAUCAUGCAGCAUGUGGCGACUUGGAAAGAGGGAGAUGAGAAAUGGGCAUACCACGAGGACUCGUUCACCAACAUGGCAACACAUAAAGUCAGCUUGGACCCAUACCGUAUGGAAAGCAGGAAAAUCUUGAAACACAUCAAGGAUGCGCUACCUGAGAAGGAGCAGCGCGUGGAGAAAGCCAGUAUUGAUGAGGUGUUCAUGGAUCUGAGCGCUCAGGUGCACACCAUACUGCUGGAGAGAUACCCUGAGCUGAGAGGUCCGGCACCGUACGACGACCCCACAGAACCGCUGCCGAAAGUACCGACCACCGUGCUGGACUGGGCUGCAGAUGCGCUUGUCGAGACUGGCGAGGUAGAUGGGGAAGACAAGGACCCUGAUUGGGACGACGUGUGCAUGGUCAUUGCAUCAGAGAUUGUGCGUGAUGUGCGGAAACAUAUCAAAGAUACACUUCAGUACACGUGCUCUGGUGGCGUUGCACGCAACAAGAUGCUUGCGAAGCUGGGAUCUGGGUACAAGAAGCCAAAUCAGCAGACUGUCAUCCGCAAUCGAGCUGUCAAGCACUUCCUCUCAGUCAUGAAGUUCACAAAAAUCAGGAUGCUGGGAGGGAAGCUGGGCGACGAAGUCGUUGCGAUGUUUGGCACAGACAAGGUCAAGGAUCUGAGGGAGCAAUCGUUGGACCAACUGAAGAAGCUUGGUGACGACACAGGAAGCUGGCUUUACUCAAUUAUCAGGGGGGAAGACAAUAGUGAAGUAAACACACGUACACAGAUCAAGAGCAUGCUAUCAGCAAAGUCCUUCAGGCCGUCCAUCAACUCCUUCGAACAGGGUGUCAGGUGGAUACGCAUCUUUGUUGCAGACAUCUUUUCAAGAUGUGUGGAAGAGGGCGUGCUGGAGAACAAGAGAAGGCCAAAGACAAUCAUCCUGCAUCACCGACAAGGUGCGCAAACACGAAGUCGAUCAGCGCAGAUACCGCAGGGCAAACCCCUGUCAGAAGCUAUCCUCUUUGAUCUUGCGAAGAACCUGCUUGCGCAGGUGGUUGUGGACGGCCGAGCAUGGCCUUGCGCAAACUUGUCGUUAAGUGUGGGCGGUUUCGAGGAUGGACCCAAGAACAAUGCAGGCAUUGGUGGCUUCCUUAUUCGCGGUGAUCAGGUAAAAGCGAUGAUGUCAUCAGACCGACAUUCGAGCGGCAGUGAACCGCCAGCAAAGAGACGACGAACAAAAGGCAACAUCGCAAACUUCUUUGGACCGAGAGACGACACGAAAAAGGAAUUUGAUGCCGCAAGAGCCGUGUUGAGGAAGGUACACAGCGAGUCCACAAGAGACGAAACGGAAGAUGAUGUUGAUGAACACGACGAAGACGCUUUUGAUAUCCGUAGCGACGAAGCCACACGGCCGAUAAUGCCGACGCUGGAUCGCCAUGACACGGAAGAAGACGUAUAUGUGUCGAAUACACCACCUUCGGCGCAACCACGACCACCUUCGAACUCCCCACCUUCACAUCAACAACCCCAUCAUGACGAUUUACCGGUCACACCAGCACCCCAAUCGAAUUCUCCAGCCCAAGUUCAGCAGACUCUCGAUACAUUUUUCUGUUCACGUUGUAACAUCCAUCUACCCAAAGCCGAAGAAGCCGAACACGUCGACUACCACUUUGCACUCGACUUGUCGAAGGAGAUGCGACAUGAGGAGCGCAAUCCUCCGCCAGUACCGAGGGAGCGAGGCACAUCGAAACCGAGUAGAGGCAGAGGCAGACCGCCGGGA